UACAGUUCGAAAGAAAUAUUCUUUAAUAUUGCAAUAUUGAUUUGUUAUAUCUAAAAUAAUUAUUACAAUUAUGAAACUUUUCAUUAUUCUUAUUUUUUGUGCAUCUGCAUGGUCAAUUCCGACUGAAAAUGUAUCUUUUAGACCAGAAAAUAUUCUUAAAUUUUAUCGAGACAGAGUUGAAUCUGUUAGUGUGAGUUUGGAAAAUUACAAUAAUGCAGCAAUGACAACAAUGACAGAAAAAUUAAUGGAAAUGAUUGCUAAUAAAAAAAUACAAAUUCAUGAAGCUGAGGGUAAAACUUUUAAAGAUGCACAUGAAAAAAUUGAAGCUGCAACAGCUGAAGGUAAAAAAGUCGAGCAUUGUUUGGUAGCAAUGGCAACAUCAAUUAACGAUUGGAAAAAUUCACUAUUUUUAACUCUGGAUGACUGUCUUGUUCAUCGUAAAAAUGUGUUAUCUUAUAUCCAAGAACGAGCAGUUAAUCAUAUUGCAAAAAAAGCAACUCUUACUGCUAGACUUGAUCAAAUUUUAGUCGAUUGUACAAAUGAAGACGAUAAAACUUAUCAAUCUUGUAUUCGUAAACACAAUUUACGAAUAACACCAAUUGUUGGUGCUUUUUAUAUGUAUGCUGAAUUUUUAAAAGAAGAAGAGAAAGCAGUUGUUUUUACAUCAGAACAUAACAUGUCAUUUUGCUUUAAAAAACCUGUAGGUAAUUUCCACGAUCAUUUAGCUACUGGAACUGCAACACUCGACAAGUGUAUCGCUGAUACUCCAGUUGAAGCUGCCUAAUUCAAUCAACAAAAAUUAAUCAGCAUACUUUUGCCGCUAACGAUUAUAAACACUGCAUCUAAAAAUUUUUUUUCUAUAUUAUUUUAUUAUAAAUUUUUAUAUAAUUAAUAACAGCAAUAUAUGAGCUAAUAAAUUUUCAAGAAA